AUGGCAUUCAAAAACAAGGACAGCAGCUUUCCAUCAUUGGGAGAAUUUGCUGGUAAAGUUGUCUAUGUUUCUGGAGGUUCUGCUGGUAUCGGCUAUCAAACUUCUCUUCAAUUUGCUAGAGAGGGAGCUCGUGUUGUUUUCACUGCUAGAAAUGCUCAUCCAGAUUGGUAUACAGGAGAGGAGGCUGAGAUUAAGAUUAAUAGAGAUGAUAGAGUUGUUGCGAGUGGUGGAAAGGCAACUUUUAUCAAGUGUGAUAUUUCAAAUUAUACUCAAGUGAGAGAUUUGUUCUUUAACAAGAUUGAUCGUUUAUUUGGUAAAUUGGAUAUUGCUGUGAAUAAUGCUGGAAUAGGAGGACCUGGAGGUAAUUUGGUUGAUCUUGAUCCUGAAUACUUUUUGGGAACUAAGCAUAAUCCUAUGCAUAAUAAUGCUUAUGGUGUUGUUUAUCAAAUGCAUGUUCAACUUCAAUAUUGGGCCUCUAAGAAAGAUAACUCAACUGUAAAGUCAAUUGUGAACUUGUCAAGCUAUAAUGGAUUGAGAGCUUGCCCAGGUUGUUCUCUUUAUUCAGCUUCAAAGCAUGCAAUUAUUGGAUUAACUCAAUCUGUUGCUAUUGAGCAUGCAAAGGCAACUCCAAAGAUGCCAAGAGUUAGAGUAAACGCUGUAGCACCAGGUUUAAUAGAUACACCUCUUACAAGAAACCAAGCUAAAUCUAUUUUUGAAGGAAUUCCAACAUGGCAAGUACUUGGUAAACCAGAGGAAAUGGCUAAUGUUAUCAUGUUCUUGUCCAGUGAUAGAGCUAGUUACGUUUCUGGUACAGUCAUUAGUGCUGACAAUGCAGAGACAGCAAAAUAA